UGCAGUUUUCCGCCCUUUUACACUGCUUUCUUUAAAAACCCUCUAUUUUACUCUAUCCCUAUUCCCGAACACCGUCACGCACACUCUUCCCUCUUCAAGAUCUUGAAGGGAACCCUAAUAUAAACCCUAGAAAAGAAACCACCGUGGGAGGUGAGAGAAGGUCGCGGAGCUACUAUUUAAAUACCCUUCUCUCAAUCUCUGCCCAAUCAGCACUCUUCGAUCAGAAAUCAAUUCGGUGAUGGCAUCUUCAGAGGCAGAAGUCUUAGCUGCAGCCUGCACUCCUGCUGCUGAUGUUGUUGGCAAUGCCUUUGUCCACCAGUACUACCUUAUCUUGCAUCAAUCCCCGGAGCUUGUUCAUCGAUUUUACCAGGAUACUAGUAAGCUUGGUCGUCAAGAAGAAAAUGGGGCAAUGAGUAUUACAACCACUAUGCAAGCAAUCAAUGAGAAGAUACUCUCGCUUCAUUAUGGUGAACUAAGUGCAGAAAUCUUAACUGUGGAUUCACAAGAUUCUUUCAACGGGGGAGUCCUUGUUCUUGUUACUGGGUAUUUGACUGCAAAGGAUAGUUUGAGGCGCAAAUUUACUCAAACUUUCUUCCUGGCUCCUCAAGACAUAGGCUACUUUGUUCUGAAUGAUGUUUUUAGAUAUGUUGACAAUGGGAAUGAGGCUCUCAUUAAUGAUGUCGAAGAACCUCUUACUUCUGACCUUGAUCCUUCUCCUGUGCAGGAGAAUCAUAUUUCCGAGACUCUGACUACAGUGCCAGAGGUUGUUGAUGAAGAGGAAGUGUAUAAUCCUCCUGAGAAUGGACACGCUCCAAUUGAAGAGGAGGAACCAGCAGUUCCCGAGGUCGGUGACGAAGUUUCAGACGGUUGGCAGAUAGUGGUUGAAUCUAAUUCUAAAAUUGAAGAAGCUCCCAAGAAGUCAUAUGCCUCUAUUGUUAAGGUUUUGAAGGAGAAUGCUGCUCCAUUUUCAACCCAAAUGCCAGUAUCUCGGAAGUCUGUUUCCAAGAGCCAAGAGCAACUAGUGACUGCUGGACCUCCUCCUGCCCCGGUGCCUCAGACACCAGUUUCCAGCUCAAAUGCUGCUGAAAAUGGUGGUGAGAAGGAAUCUGAAGCUGAUGGUCAUUCUAUUUACGUAAAAGGCCUCCCUGUGAAUGCUACGCCGGCCUUGCUCGAAAGUGAGUUCAAGCAAUUUGGACCUAUUAAGAUUGACGGUAUUCAAGUUAGAAGCCAAAAGGGAUUCUGUUUUGGCUUUGUGGAGUUUGAGGUGGCAAGCGCUGUGCAAAGUGCAAUCGAGGCUUCACCCAUCAUCAUUGGUGGACGCCAAGCUGUUGUUGAGGAAAAGAGAUCUACCAAUCGAGGUAACAGUAAGGGACGAUUUUCAUCUGGAAGGACAGCUGGAUAUAGGCAUGAAGGAGUAAGAGGGCGUGGAAACGGAAACUAUGGAGGUGGAAGGGGCUAUGGCCGUGUUGACUUUAAUGGCAGGACUGAGUUUGGCAGCAGGAAUGGGAAUCGAGGUGGAUUUUCUAGCCGUGGAGAGGGAUAUCAGAGGACUGAUCACACGGGUGGCAAUGGUGGGCGUGUGAAUCGUGCUGGUGGCUUGGCUGUAAAUGCAGCGGCCAGAAGUACAGCUCCACGGAUAACUGCUACUGCCUAGGAAGCAAAGAUUUUCAGGAGGAUAGCAGUUGAAGAUUUUUCUGUUGGUUAAUCAAGUGAUUGGAUCUUUUUUUGAGCUGAGGUAUAUGAAAUUUAUUUAUGGUUUCGCCCAUGUCAUUUUCAUUGAUCUCGGGUGGAUAAUUGUCUAAAAAUUCUAUUUAGUAGUAUGUCCUGUCCAUCCUCCAGGAGAGUUUGCUCGCUGUGGUCCAUGUAGGCCACUUUAUUUUAAUUUUCUUCCGAUCAUAGUUUUUGGAGUUUGGGGCUGGGAGUGAAAGGAGCAUGCUUGGGCUAUAGGUCAUCUUUAUAUGUAAUUUUUUUUCUCUCUUAAUGGCAAAACGGCUUAUAUUUCAAGUCUUUA